ACAAAGUGAGCUGCUGAUUAAUUCCCGUACAAAAAUAUUAAAUACUUCGAGAAAAAUACCGUUGGACGACAAUUAUAAAACGAAUAAAUAGCUGCUGUUACCUCCUUUUUUCGCGGUCAUCUUAGUUAACAUUUAGUAACGAAGAUUGCCUGAACAGAAUAGCAAAAGGCCACAAAUUUGGACUCGAUGGUAUUACGCAAACAGCUACUGUGUCACUCGAAGCAAUCGUUGGAACUGCCUAACUACCUACGGUACUUGAAGGCUUGGAGCUAAACAUUCGAGGCAGCAGGGGUGAACUAGACAACAAACGUGAUGGAGAUAAAUGAGUAUGCUAGUAUACAGCUUCCGGAGCAAACUAAUCUACCAUUUGCCAUAUCCGGUUCGGGCGAAUAUUAUGUAGUAUCGGCUAAAGGCGGUAUACAGGUUCUGCAACUCAAAUACAAACACAUUAAGGAGGAUUCUACGAUUAACUAUAACUUAAGCCGCUUAGAGUGCUCAAAAAGUAAACCCACCGGUCAGCUGUUGACUAAAGAAAUUGACUUGUACAACAAUAGUAACCGCGAACAGCGUAUUAAAAUUAUGCUGGAUCAAACAGUGAUUCCUAACAUUGCCACCUUGUAUAUUAAUAACAUUUUAGCGAAUGUUUCACCGCCAGGUAUUUUCGCAGAUUAUAACGUAUGCCUAGUUGCGCAUUUAACCAACCUUGGACAGUUAACGCUACAUCGUUACAAUAGAGAAGCUGCCGAAUGGGGCACCUAUCUUGAUAUUUCCACCCUUUGGGUUGCGCACCUUUACGACGGUAACAUCAUCAAUAGAUACGACCGUCUGGAACCGAUGGUAAAGGAAGUCCUGAUUACGACGUUUUGCUGGCGAGAUCAAACUUUUCGGCAGGUGGCUCAUUUGGCGGUUGGAACUAAAUCGGGAAAAGUAGCUAUCUGCAGUCUUUAUUCAGAUAAUGUUCGCAUUGAGCAUGUGAUAAAAUUAUCAGAUGCUGUAAGAGUACUCAAAUGGAUAACAAUCUCAGAAGACCGAAAUUUGCUAUUAGUGGGGUUAUUGAAUGGAAAAAUAGCUGCACUCAGCUUCCACACUCAAUCAGACGCAACGGUUACCGAUUUUGUAAAGUUAAAUGAUGUUUGGAACGACGAGGAUUACCUUACUGCCAGUAAUAUACAGUACGAGAUAGAUCAAGUCAACCAGAGGAUCUUGGUGUUAGUCGUCAAGGGAACGCAUCUGCUAGCCUUUUUAUGCAGCUUUAAUGGCGAGAUAAGCACGGUCGCGAUUCAAAACCUAAACAGUUUUAUGAUUACAGGAACAAUCUUCUGCUGCCAUAUUAAAACGAUCAAAACGAAUCAAAUAGUAAUCGAUCUCAGUACCAUGAAAACCGAUCUUCCAAUCAGUAAAUUUUCAAUUUACGGUGUAACAGCAACUAGCAACCGAGCCUGCUGGAUGUUUGUUGGCUAUCCAUCAAAAAGUUUUGAUCGUUUAAGCUUACGCACACCCACAGUUGUAUUCUUCUGUAGAAUCAGCGGAAGAGAACCACUUAAAAUAUUGCUUGAAAAUCCGAGCUUAAGACUUACUGAAUACUACGACUGCGCUGAAGUCAUUCGAUACAGUGGUAAUCGUGAUACGCAAACAUUGAAAGAGCUAGAAGCUCUAUCGUCAACUCGAGCAAGAGUAGACGAUGCUUAUGCAUAUCAUUUAAAGUUACAGUUAAUUCAGCUCGGAGCUAAGUUUAGUUACUUUAAGAAACGUUGCUUAUCGAUUGCUGACAUCCUUUGCAAUCAGUCACAGUUUGUCGCAACAGUAAUCGAAAUUUUACAUGCAGCCAAAGUGAUAUACUAUUUUCUUUACAUACGACAAACGUUCAAUCUGCAACUGAGCUAUAUGCAACUGCUAUCCGUACGAUGCUUGCGCAAUUUCAUGAGAGAUUUUGUGGAGGAUAGUUUUCCGGGAGAUUUCGAGCAUGUUCACAUUGCAUUGAAACCAGUGAUGGAGGAAGUCAUCGGGCACGCGAAUGAGAUACUGUCCGGAGCGUCCCAGAAACCGUUGCAGGAAGAGUGUACAUUUUGUGGAGAACGUAUCGCAUACGAGAAGCAGACAUGUUCAGAGUCGCAUCAGACUUUUCGGUGUUCGCUAACCAAGCAACAAAUCCCAGUGCAGAAAGUAGAAACUGUGUGCGAAAUGUGCGACCGGUCUUCACUGGAUGUGGAACUGCUGGCGGAGAUUUUCUACACUGACGGUGGACACCUUUCCGUGUACUACCGCACCUUUCCGUGUACUACCGCUACUGUUGCGUGUGUGAUCGGCCUCGAGGAUGGAGCAAAUGUCUUAAUUGAUGAACAAAUUGCCCCUGCGGACUCGCCUCACACUGUCACCGAUUCAACUUACUCUGGAUGCGCACCGACUGGAUCUGGCCCGGGGCGCACUGAUUUAAGCAAAUUGGAAGCCCCUAAUCCGCUCAUCACAGUCGUGCCACUGCAGCCAGCGAUCAUCAGCCGUCCCGGUCCUGUGUAUGAGUACGGAGAAGGGGUCUUCCAGCUUGCUAGCAUGGGCAAGUAUAAUUCUAUCGAUUGCAAUUCGACACCUGAUUUCCCCGAACCUUCCAGACAUUCACAUGCCAAUCCUCACCAACUUGACUAUGACGCUGCUGGACUUCGGAUACUGUAUCAAAAUGUCCGUGGCCUUCGGACUAAAAUAGACGAAUUCUUUUUGGCUGCAACCGAAUGUGAUUACGAUGUCAUGGUAUUGACUGAAACGUGGUUAGAUGAUCAUAUUCACUCUGUGCAGCUGUUUGGUAACCUUUUUAACGUGUAUCGUUGCGAUCGCAAUCGCAAUAACAGUAAUAAGACACGCGGCGGAGGAGUUUUGAUUGCUGUCUCAACCCGACUGAUUAGCUUUGUUCAUCCUACGCCGGUUUGUGACACAAUUGAACAACUGUGGGUAAUAAUCACAACACCAAUUCGCAAAAUCAAUGUCGGUGUAAUGUAUCUGCCCCCUGAUCGCCGAAACGACGUCAACGCUAUUGAGCUGCAUGUGUGUUCCAUCAGCUCGAUUAUGUCUCGUUUGCAGUCUGCUGACUUUUCAUUGUUACUCGGCGACUACAACCAGCCGGGAUUGCGAUGGAUUCGAUCGAACAAUAAUGUGCCUGCUAUCGACUACCUCCAUUCAAAUAUUUCGCCUGCCAGCUCCGGCUUAUUGGAUGGUUUCAACCUGCAUGGUCUAACUCAAAUCAAUUAUGUGACAAAUAGCAACGAUCGUCUUCUUGAUUUGGUACUAACUAACAAUGUUACUUUGUGUGAGCUGUUUGAGGCUGUCGAGCCACUUGUACCUCUUGACUCUAAUCACCCGGCACUGAUUAUAACGGUACACCAAACCUUGCCGGUUCAAUUUGAAGAUACUCCAGUGGAAACGUGUUUAGACUUUCGCAGAGCAGACUUUGAUUCUAUAAGUAUUGCCAUCUCACAAAUUGAUUGGCGAUUUUUGGAACUUAAUCCUGCUCUCGAUGAUGCUAUCACCGUUGCGCAAACCACCGUGGUCUAA